AUGCUAACUUGGAAAUCAGAUUUAAUUGAUAUUUAUAAGUUUGAUAAACCAUUAGGAUUUUUGCGUACUUCAUUAUAUGCUACACCUUCUGGUGGGGUUGCUGGCUUUGGCUAUGGUGUUAGAGCUUACUUAUAUGAAAUUUCUUGGUAUGGAUCAGGUUGGUACUUCUUAGGCUAUAUGAUUAUGUAUGAUUGCGAUGGUAUCUACACAUAUUUUGAUAGGACUUGUGCAGGGGCCUGCUCAGAUUCCAAGUGCCAUCCUACUCAUCAAUGCUUCAGCUCAACAACUGCCUGCACUUCUUGCGAUUCAACUGGAUGCAAAGUUUGUGGAGAAACCAACAAAGAUCCUUCAACUUAUUGCAAUCAAGACUGUCCUGCAAACUGUGAUAGAUGUUCAUCUUCUACACUAUGCACUCAAUGCAAAUCAGGGUCUUUCCUCUACGAUAAAGCUGGAGCGGCAUUAUGCAUUGGUAAUUUUUAUUUAGCUUGCUUAGACUCCUGCACUUCUUGCACAGCAACUCCUGAUUGUUUUUACUGUACUAGCUCAAUUGUUCAAGUUGAUUCUAUUGGGUAUCAGAUAAGUUUCUCUGCUCCAUAUAUUGAACUUGAUUUUGCUCAUCCACUUGUUUCGACUCUGACUAUAAAUAGCAUUGGAGCGACUUUAGAUGAUGGAACAGUGAUAGAUACCUCAAACUGGACUCUAAACUCUUGCGUUGCAAGCGCAGUAAGCUGCACAAUUACAGCUAAUAGCUUGAGUGUUAGUCAGCUACCUUUAAACAUGGUCUUAAAGUUUAACCAAGCUUAA